AUGUUUGCUGCACAAUCACCAUUUUCGAGUCAAUUUUCGCUGGACGAAUCUGAAUCAGAACAGCCACUUAUCGAGUUUGAUUGGGACUUGGAUUGUCAACAGCAAUCGUUUUCAAAUGAGGACGAAUUCUGUUUGCCCGGUGAUAUUCCUCAACCUGAAAGUAAUACAACAUGGUACACUCACUCAGGUGGUUUUGAACAUUCAUAUUUUGCACAACUUUUCCUGGAUGAUCAAGAGGAAGCCAUCUUCCCAAUGGACGUGGCAACAGCACAAUACUGUAGUGCCAGUCCAUCCAGCAGUAUUACAUCUGGUCAAAUCAACAUCCUUCAUCAACAGCAACAAGUGGAAGCGCAGAGCUUGACAAAUCAAAUGAGCUCACUUUCCACUGUUCUGGUGUCAAAUAAAUUAUCAGAAAAACUCAAUGGUUCCAGUUCCAACUUUUCAAUUUCUAUGAAUGAUUCCACUCUCUUGCCAACAACUCCCACGGGAAUGUUAUCACGAUUAGCUGACAUUGCUUAUUGGUUAGUGGUAGAUGGAACGACAAAACUGAAAAGACGCCCGCUGCAGCACGAGUUUCUUCGGCGAUUGUUAGAUAAUCCAGAAUAUCAUGAUUUGGCAACAUACGUCGAUCCUCAAAAAGGCAUAUUUAAACUGCACAAACCAAAUGCUGUGGCUCAUCUGUGGGAAUAUGUCAAAGGAAGAAAAAGCGAAAGGAGAAUGACUUAUGACACUUUCGCUAGAGGAAUCCGCUCCGGCUAUCCAAAGGAAGUAAUGAAGGCGAUUCCAGAUCAAUUUACAUAUGGCUUUGGACCCCAGUCGGGUUUCGGUGAUUUAUGGAGACCAUGUUCACAAUGA